AUGUGGAGAUCCUCCAUUAGAUUAGAUGUGGGUGGUUUUACUUUCAGUCUCUACAAGCUGCUUGAACUUGAACAACAUUAUGUUCGUGCUGAGCAGCUCUGGAACCACGAGGACCCAGAACCUCCACAGAUUAAAGAGGAACAGGAAGAACCAGAACCUCCACAGAUUAAAGAGGACCAGGGGGAACUCUGCAGCAGUCAGGAGGGAGAGCAGCUGGUUCUGAAGCAGCAGACUGGUACCCUUUAUAUUACGGCAGCGUUGAGUGAGGAGGACAUGGAUCUUCAGCUCCGACUCGUGAAGACCAUCAGGAUGCCUGAAAUAAAGUUGCACAGAAUCGUAGAAGAAGAAGAGGAUGACGGAGAGGACGCAGAGAUCGACGUGGUGACGUUGGACACGACGUCUUGGCGUCCUGACCCCGCCCCUCUAGUCCUGAAACCAGCUCACAUCAUCGACAUCCACCUGCACAACUACGCCGCCCCGCUGACUGCUGGGAAACGACUGAAGGCUGUGGGGCCAGGAGGCAGGCGGCGGUGUUGGAGCCCACGGUCGGACAGCGAGGACAGACGGCGGACACACAACGUGCUGGAGAGGCAGCGGCGCGACCAGCUGAGGAGGAACUUCCUGUCUCUGAGGGACCAGGUCCCCGCUGUCGAAGGCAACGGGAAGGUGGCAAAGGUGUUGGUACUGAAGGAGGCGGCGGCAUUCAUCGCCGAGGUCCGAGAGGAGGAAAGGAGUCUGCUGAUGAUGAAGGAGGCGCUGACGAUGAGGAGCAGACAGCUGAGACAAAGACUGGAGUGGCUUGGGACAUCAUGCUAA